CUUUCGUCAGACUAAAGCGUCUUUUCGCAUUCGGAUUUCGGAGCCUUGAACUCUUGAAUUCUUGAUCACGAGCCUCCUCCAAAGUCCAAACCCCAGCCAAGCCAUGCCGGAGCGAGGCCUACCCGGCGGCGCCGCUGUCGGGCCCCACCGAGUCCGCCCCGAUCAGAUCGACCCCGACUGGCUCUAUGCCCUCCAGCACGUCCUCCCCCAAAUCGAUGCUCGUACCUACGUCGCCGAGGACCCUGCCAGCGGCGGCGCCGAGCUCCCGUUCAGGGCGGACACCCAUGGUGAAGUCAUAAACGCCCCCGUACCCUCUCCGGCCCGGGAAAGAAGCAAGCGCCGGGUGGAGGAGGAGAACCUGUCGGCAGACGACUCCCCCAUCCCUUCCCCGGCCCGGGCAAGAGGCAAGCGCCGGAUGGAGGAGAACCCGUCAGCGGAAAUCCCGUGGUACCAGGCCAACCCCAACAUAGACAAGGAUUUCCGCGUAUUCCUCCAGCACGCGCGCAUGGUGAAUGCCCGUCUGGUGCUCGAGAAGGACGGCCAAGUUGUCCGCUACGAGCAGGUGCCAGAGUCUGCAGCUGGUGCUUUUGCUUUUGGGGAGAAGGAGAAGGUGGCGGUGACCAGCACGAAUAAUGGACCUGCAUCGGAGUCGGAAUUCCCAUCGGAGUCUCACGGCCCCGGUUUCUCUGCACUUUGUCAGAAGGGAUUGCAUGGUCUUGUAUGGCCUACACAUAUCAUGAAGAGACCAGAAUCAAGGUUCAAGGAAAGGUUGAUGCAAGUUCUCAGUAAACCAUUUAGCCAGAGGGAAUAUGAUCAGCUGGUUCACAGGGCUAGUAUUCACAUUGCGGCGACGAAAGAACGGCGGACACGCGCAGGUGUGAAGUACUUCCCUUCUACACACGAAAAGAACAAAUCAUAUUUUGAUUCUUUCCCAGAUCUUGAGGAACAAGUAAAAAGCACCAGCUAUCCCAAUCAGUUAUCUCUGUUGCGUGGGUUUUUCUUCUGGUUGAAGAAUAUUGGGCAUGAAGAUCAAUUCAGGCCAUGGAGAGAUGAUUUCACACAUUACAAAGUUAUUUCAUCUAUGGAAUGAUGUCUCAGUAAUUAACCAGGACCCUGGAAAAUAAAGUUCCCACAUAUUGGCCCGGAUCGCAGCUGAGGGCUUCAAUCUUUGUCAUGGUUGGCGUCCAGUGAUUUAAGGAUUGGAUAUGGUUGAUUCCGUUGUAAUAGCUGUCUACCUGGUAGUACUGCUGUUAGAUGUUUGAGGCCUGUGAUGUGAUGUUCAUCUUGGUAUCCUGGACUUAUUUCACAUUCUGGAUGUACCUGGUUACUUUCUGUUCGAACAUACGUAACUUUGAUUUCAUUAACGAAAUUAACGAAAUCGGUAGCUAUGCUCCUUGAAUUGAAAA